AUGUCGAAGGUGGAGAAGCUCGUACAAGAACAGACAACUCGAGACGAGCUAAUAGGAGCUCUCCGGGAGCGGUUGAAGGAAUCAAUGUCGAAGGUAGAGAAGCUCGUACAAGAACUGACAACUCGAGACGAGCUAAUAGGAGCUCUCCGGGAGCGGUUGAAGGAAUCAAUGUCGAAGGUAGAGAAGCUCGUACAAGAACUGACAACUCGAGACGAGCUAAUAGGAGAUCUUCGUGAGCGGUUGAAGGAAUCAACGUCGAAGGUGGAGAAGCUCGUACAAGAACAGACAACUCGAGACGAGCUAAUAGGAGCUCUUCGUGAGCAGUUGAAGGAUCUUGAGAACCAGGUAUCAGCAGCUGUUGCUAACGAGAAUGAGUACAAGUGCCUUGCAUCCGCGCAUGGAAAGAUGUCAGAAGCCCAUGAGAGGACCGUGAAGCGCCUGAUGCGAAUGGUUCAGCAACUGGAGAAAGACAACGGCUCUUUAAGCAAACAGUUGUCAAACCUUCGACACAUUGCAUCACUGGAAUAA